AAAGGAGGUUUAUAAAAACUAUUGACCACGCUCAGUAGGUAGAGACUACCGUACUCACUACCCUACUUCUUCAAUAAUUGUGUUUACCAAGUAACUCUAAACAGUUAUUCAAUUUGAUAAAAUGGUGUCUGCAUAGAUAAACUUGUUUUUAUAUUGGACAACUAAGAUCUACCGCGAAUCAGAGAACAGAAGUCAUGUCAAAGAAACGGCCGGCAAACGACCCAUCAUGGAGUGGAAGCAACACAACUUACAAGGACAAGAUGGAGCAGAUGACCCAGCAAGAGCGAUUGAUAGAGGAAAAGAAGAAACUGAUUAUGGAAAAACUGCAGGCGCACCCCCCACAACCUGACAUACCCAAAAGUUCCACGGUUGUAAAGAAAGCAGGAUUACCUUCAUGGAUGAAAAAACCAAAGGCUGCUAAAGAAGCUGAAAAAGAGAAAGCAACCCCCAGUCCAGAGUUUUUCUCCAAUGAUGGCAGUUUCAUGGAUAGGUUUUUAGCAAUGCAAGCUGCUGCAGCAGCUGGAAAAUCAAGCUCUGGUUCAGAUAAAAGUGAGAAGAAAACUGAGAAGGACAACAAUUCUGACAGCAAGCCUAUGAAUAUCAAAGAUCUCAAAAAAGAUCCUCAAACAGUACAAACUCUUACUAGACCAGAAGCUAAAGUGUACAACCCUUCCAGAGAAAGUGAUGAUAAAUCAUCAAAGGACCCUGAAAAUAAGUCUGGGUUUUCAAGGCAAAAUAGUUCCUCAUCUGUAAGCCAAUCCCCAGCAAACAGUCAAAGGAUGUUUCCAUCUGGACCAGCGAGGACCCAAGCUCCUCAAACAAGAGGUCCUGCUCCUCAGCAGCCACAAGUAGCUCCGAGGCCCCCACCUCAGCAGUCUCUCCAGCCUCCCUCUCCCAAGCAGCAACAGCAGCCUCCUGGCCCUCCACAAUUUCAUGCAGGACCACAACAGGCUCCAGCUAGGCCUCCACCUCAACAGAUUCAUCCUGGUGGGCCUCCAUCCUCACAGAUGCCUCCGAGUGUGCAGAAUCCUAAUUUUCCCCCAAAUCCCCAACAGACUCUGCCGAAUGUGAGCCUGCCACCACAGUCUGUGGCCUUCUCUCAAGCUCCUGUCUUGCAGGAAAAUCCUCCUUUUAUGCAUCCCCAUCCAAAUGCACCUCCAGCUCAGCAAACUAGAUUUGGAGGACCCCCUCCCCCAGGGCCAAAUCCUGGAAUGUUUCCUCAGGGGCAACCUUCCAUGCCUCCUAUUUCUCAGGCUCCUCCCUUUGGACCACCAAAUUCUUUUGGUGCCCCUCCACCUCCCCCACAGUCUCAAAGACCUCCUGCUCCAGGAUCUUUUGCUCCGCUAAAUCCUCCACACCCACAGGGUAAUUUCAAUGGACCCCCACCCUCCAAUUCCCCACCAGCUCAAUUUGGUGGAUUUAAUCAACAGCCUCCCCCUCAUCAAAAUCCUGGCAACUUCCCACAAGUUCGGCCCCCAGUUUCCAGUUAUGGAGGACCUCCACCCCCUCCUCAAGUAGCACCAUUUGGUCAGCCCCCAAACCAGCAACCACAAAUGAAUUCUGGACCAUUUGGCAGCAUGCCUAAUUCACAAGUACCAAGCAGGCCACCUGCUCCACCUACUUCUUUUGGAGGACCACCCCCACCUCCAGGAAUGGCAAAUUUUGGAAAUCCUGGCCAACCUCCUCAUCCAGGUGCCCCUCAAGGGCCCCCUCCCCCACCUGGAAACUUCCCUGGGCAGCCGCAAAUUAUGCCUCCCCAGUCGUCGGCUGCAUUUGGAAUGCCUCCUAGGAUCCCUCCUCCCCAAAUGACACAGCCAAACACAAUAUUUGGAAUGCCCCCACAACAGUCAGGAUCACUGUUGCCACAUCCUCAAGUCCAGAGGGGAGAGAAUACCGAGGUUGUAUAUGGAGAAUAUGGACCAGUGGUCAUCAAAAAAGAAAAGAUCGAAAUAAAAAAGGAACCUUCCUCAUCAGACUAUGAUCCAUCCAUGCCAACAGAAGAAGAUUCACCAGUUAAAGUUGCCCCUGACGAUGACAUCAAGCAAGAGAGAGACCAAAAAUCAAUGGUGGCCAUGCAAAUGAGAGGAAGUGGUAGCAGGUUUGACAGGAAGAGGCCAUCUGUGUUUGAUGACAAUGAAGAAGAUUUAAAACCAGUUUCUCCCCCAGAGGACCCCGACACAGUGAUACUGGCGGAACAGAUGGCAGCCUUCUUUGCCCAGUGCUCUCCUGACAAAGAAUUCCAGGCCCUUGAAGACUACAAAGACAACCCGGUUUUCUGGUUUUUGUAUGAUGAGGCUAGUCAUGCACACAGAUACUUCAAAUAUAAAGUUGCUGAACUGAGGGGACGGAAUGUGGAUGGCAACGAAGCGGAUUCAGAGGAAAUGGAUGGUAAAUCUGCUUCUGGAUCAAAAAUGAAAAGGAAGAAGAGGAGCAGGUGGGGUCCCCAGGACGACCAGCCACAGGUCCCUCCAGUGGGUGUGGCCAUACCUCAUGUCGUACAGUCCAGGCCACCGCAGGUUACAUUACAAGACUUUGCACGAAAAAUGGUGGGCAGUGACACUCUGAGCGAGGACCAGAUCAAACAGAUCCGCCACCAGCAAGAGAUGAACAUGAUGUAUGAGUUGAUCCUUGCCAAAAAGAAGGUGGAGGAAGCCGCCCUGAUGGAGGAACAGAUGGCCUCGAUGUCUGCUGCCUCAUUUAAAAAAGUCAAUAAGUACGAGUAUGAUUCGGAUGAAGACGUAGAGGGUGGGACAUGGGAACACAAGAAUAGAACUGCAGAAAUGGAGGCCACCAGAGACUGGGCAGAAGCCCUUACAGAAGCAAACAAAGGAAAGCACUUCAUUGGAGACUUCCUUCCUCCUGAUGAGCUGGAGCGAUUCAUGGAAACAUUCAGGGCAUUGAAGGAAGGCAGGGAGCCAGAUCUGUCAGACUACAAAGAUUUCAAGCUGACAUGUGAUAACUUGGGCUACCAGAUGCUGCAGAAGCUGGGAUGGAAAGAGGGAGAGGGGCUUGGCUCUGAGGGUCAGGGAAUUAAAAACCCAGUCAACAAGGGCUCUGUUUCGGUAGAGGGUAGGGGAGUGGGGACGGAACGGCCAGCAGCCCUGGAGAAGGAUGAUGAUGAAUUCGAUGCUUACAGAAAAAGAAUGAUGCUGGCUUACCGAUUCCGACCAAACCCAUUGAAUAAUCCAAGGAGACCUUAUUAUUGACGCAAAGAAAUGGAAAUGUGUGCAAGGAAUUACGAACAAGUGCAUUAGAAUUUUAUUGAAAAUGACAAUAGAUAUAUCAUACACUUUCACCAGACAUGCAUGAUCUUGCUAAGUGUACUAGGUAAUGCACAUAGACUGGAGUAGUGUCUGCUAUUUCUGAACGAAACAGAAAUUAAAUUUUUUUUCUCAGUAAAUUGUCAAGUUUAAUCAUUUCAUUAGUUUGUUGUCAAACAAUAUUGUAAAAAUCAUUUGUGUCUCGUAAAAAUCAAAUAUGAAAAUCUGGCGAGGGAAGAAAAUAUUUAUGUACUGAUGUAAGAAUUCUUUUGAAUGAAUUAUUUUUGAAGCCUUUUUUUAAUUUAUGAGUUUUGAUAAAUUUUUUGUUAGAAAACCAUCAAAAGAAACAAUGUGCAUGUUUAAGUAAGAGGCAGAGUUUAUGAAAAUUCAUCUAAUUCUGUGGGCAUUUCUUAUUUAUAUCCUAGCUAUUAUGUGGUUCAUGGAAAUGCAUCAGUUACACAUGCUGCAUUAUAAGAUGCAAACAUUGUAUAGAAGCCUCUGUAUACCUGUUUUCUGUAAUACAAUUAUACAUGUAGUUCAUUGCUUUUUUUUUAUACAUGUAUAAUUUUCUGAUUUUGAUUUUCCUCUUUGUUCUAAUAUGACCAAAGCUGUUAUAUGUUAAAAACAUUUCAUUUGAUGUAAUAAAAUCACUGCUAAUUGUUGCAUUUUGCCUGUUGAACUUUUGUUGCUAUAAAAAAGGGGAGGGAGAGUUGGAGUAUGGUAUCUAAACAGUUUUCUGUCCUAGCAACAGAAUCCUAAAGCCAAGAAUCAUGGAUUUUGCAAUUUAUUUCCACUCGCUUUUGUAUAUUUCUUGCUAAAUUUAGCCAAGAUUGAC